AAAUGCAACAUGGAAAUGGCAUGACAGCCAACAGUGUUCCGAAUGUGACAAAAACUGCAAGUCCUCUGCAAUUGGUCAACAGUUUUAGGAUGGCUUCACACGGGCUUAUAAUUAUAGUUAUACUUUGCUGCCUGGAUCAGUCGAAGGCAUUUCUUUUCAAUAUGACAAACUCCAGGGAACUUGAAACGGAGGAAAGAUUGGUGCUUUUACUGCAACGUCUUCGCCUGGAGGAAGACUUCAAUACCGUGCUCGUCUACGGAAAGGAUUGCAUAUUUCACUCUCUGCUAGAGCCCUUAAAGAUACCUUCGGUGAUAGUUGCUUCAAGUAGCUUUAACUUUGAUUGGAAUUUUAGUAGCUCCACACUCAUACUAACCUGUGAAGCAGCUGGGGAAAUCGGGGAAAGUCAGCAAACUCUACAAAAGCUACAAAGGAGCAGGCACCUUGUUUCAAUAGCGCAGGAAACACAUCCGGAAUCUGUUUGCAGGGACUAUAACUUCAAGGAGCAGUUCAAUGUAGCCAUGGUAAUGCCAGACUUCUAUCAAACGGAUGUCAUAUAUUCUUGUCGUUUCUUUCAAACACCAAACUACGAGGCAAUUAACUUCUUCGAAAACAAACCCAUCUACAUCGAGAACUUUCGGAACAUGAAAGGAUCUAGUAUAAAAUCCGUUGCUGACCCAAUUCCACCUAGAACUAUAACAUAUGUAGACCCAAACACCAACCAGUUGAAGAUGAUGGGUUACUUAUCACAUUUGUUGACUACCUACUGCGAGAAACUAAACGCCAGCCUGGAAUUCAUUGAUAUCUCCAAGAUGGGCUUGAAGAAAGCUAGCGUACAGGAUAUUGCAAGGAUGGCAGUUGAGGGUGUGCUCGACAUUGCCAAUGGAGUGGGCAGCUCCUUGCAGCACUCAACGAUGGACACCAUAUCCUAUCCGUAUCUGCUGACCAGCUACUGCCUGAUGGUACCCAAACCAGCCAAUGUGCCCUUCAAUCUGGUCUACUCAAUGAUAGUGGAUCCUGUGGUGCUCUGUAUAAUUCUUGCCUUGUUUUGGAUAUUCUCCGUUCUGCUAAUCUAUACCCAAAACUUAUCCUGGCGGGCCCUGAAUGUGUCCAAUCUCCUCUUCAACGACAAAAGCUUGCGAGGCCUUCUGGGCCAAUCAUUUCCACUUCGCACCAAUCCAAAUAAACACCUGAAGCUGGUAAUAUUCCUUCUUUGCUUUGCCAGCGUAAUGAUAACCACUAUGUACGAGUCCUACUUGCAAUCCUUUUUCGCCAGGCCACCGUCUGAGCCGUUUAUUCGCGACUUCCCGGAUAUAGCUAACUUCUCACACAUCAUGUCCAUCAGCAGAAUUGAGGCAAACAUCCUGAUAGGCUCCAAAAAUGUUCAUUUCAGUGAAAUAAGCAAGAAUCAACUAGUCAUAUAUGACAAUUGGACCGAAUACCUUAGCCUGCGGGACUCCUUGAAAACAAAUUUUAUAUUUCCUGUGACGAUUGAUCGAUGGGAGUGCUUCGAGGAGCAGCAAAAGCUAUUCGAAAAGCCAACAUACUACUUGGCCCUCAACCUCUGCUUCACCCAGUUUAUGUUUUUCAGUAUUCCGCUAAGAAAGUACCUGCCACAUCGCCAUCUCUUCGAGGACCACAUAUUGCGGCAACAUGAGUUCGGCUUGGUGAAGUUCUGGAAGGCCAGGAGCUAUUUUGAAAUGGUGGAAGUGGGCCUAGCUUCCCUCAAUGACUUGAGCCAGAAAAAGAAACCACAGAGUCUAUUGUUGGAGGACAUUUCCCGGAUUCUCAAAGUUUAUGCAGGCGCUAUUCUGAUAAGUAUUUGUUUCUUUAUACUGGAGAUUUUGGAAUACGGAAGAAUAUUCAAGCGUAUCUGUCAAUAUGGCAGAAGGUAA